AUGGCUGAUACAAACGACAUACUGAGGCACAGGAGGAUUGCACAACAUGCAUUUUUCAGGAGGGAAAAUAAUCAGGUUUCAGAGGCUCUUGUUCCCUCUAGCCCAAUUCAUGCGGAGGCAUCGACUUUUGGGGUUCAUGCUUCUCCAUCUUCUUCUCCCAAUAGGAGACGAGUGUCACCUAGUGACGUAUCAUUGCCUCCAUCUUCCUUUUCUGAUAUUGAUUUAUUUUUUCUACAGGACAGUGAUCCUCUAAAAUUUAUUAACCAUGGGAGGAAUAUUACUUGCUUGCAUCAGCCUAAUGACGAGUGGUUUCAGACUAAUUUGUCUCUAUUUGGGAUGAAGGACUUAUGCAAGACUGUUUAUAUUAAGGUAAACCAUGAUAUUCUUAAUGCAUUUGUGGAGAGAUGGCACACGGAGACCUCGUCAUUUAAUCUGCCACUUGGUGAGAUGUCUAUCACACUCGAUGAUGUAUCGUGUUUGCUACAUCUUUUGCUUAGGGGGAAAAUUUUAGAUCAUGGGAGGAUUAGAAAAGAAGAGGCACUAGAGUUGAUGGUAGACUAUUUGGGCGUUGACCUAGAGGCCGCCAUGAUGGAGUUGGAAAAAACCAGAGGGGAUCAUGCUAGGUUUGAAUUCCUGAAAAAGGUAUAUACAUACGAGCUCCUUAGAGAAGAGCAGGCUCGAGGUGAUGAAGAGUAG